AUGGCUACCAUCGAGCCGCGUCUAAUCCAUCUGUUGAAUGAUGAGCCAACAACGCCGGAGCCUCCCACUGCCGACUUACACCAACUGCCGUCGCUCCCGUCGCUGCAAUUGCCCACCCUUGUCGGCACUCGUGAUGGACCUCUGCCGCCGCUGCAGCUCGAAGGGCUCCGUGCAGACAGAUUCUUUGGCAGCUCUGGCCGACAUGCCGCCCUCCCGAGCAUCAACGGAGGCCAUGCCGCUCCACUGACAUCCUCGCCUGCGGCAGACCAGACGACGACAGCCUCUCCGGACCACAGGAGAGAUUCCGAGUAUUCCAGGGAAGGCAAAUAUGCCGGGAGCUCGGGCGUCUUCCCACUGCGGCUGCUGUUGAGCGACGUGCCGCCCAUGUCUGUAUCUGCGCCGCCGGCUCCCUAUCUCUCCUUCUCCAGCAUCCUCAACGACGUGCCGGACUUUCAGGAUGACGCUCCUCUGCCUUCGUCGUCCUCUCUGUACGCCUCUGCCGCUGCCGCUGCCGCUGCCGCUGCCUCUGUCUCUGCCUCUACUGCGGCCAUCUCUGCCUCUAUUGCAGCCUCCACCUCCACCUCCACCUCUGCCUCUACUACUACUACUACUACUUCAAAGCGGCCGGCUAUCCAUAUCAAGGAUGACUUCUUACAGCUUCCACAGCCUGCAAAGAAGCCCAAGGCACACCAGGCACCCUUCAUGCCGCCCAUCAUCAACGGACUCUUCGAGCCGCCGCCCAACGUCGCUCUCUUUCCGCCCAUAGCGUCCAGUGCUUUUGAUGAUACCGACGCUGGCCAGUCCAAGCUCCUCCACGAGCUCAGCUACAGCCCCCCGGGACCCCGCCUGUCGCCGGAGCCAGAUCAACCUGUGGCCAAGCCAAGAGCCUCAAGAAAGCGUUCAAGCAAGCCUAGACGGAAAUGGUCUGAAGAGGAGACGAACCAUUUGCUCAUGGGCGUUGAUCGACAUGGCGUGGGCAGAUGGACCAAUAUCUUGGACGACCCGGAUUUUUUAUUUAAUUCCCGGUCAGCGGGUGAUCUCAAGGAUCGCUUUCGCACCUGCUGUCCGGAGGAAAUGAGGGUAACCGACGUUGACAAGACCAAAGCUCGCGCCAAAGGGCCGUUCGCAAACAAGUCAUCGUCGCCCAACAAGUCGGAAAAGCCGGACGACGAGUCCGCCGAUACUGUCAUGGCCGACGCAGGCGACGUCCUGCCGAUAAAGGACCAGCAAACCAGCUCCAGUCCGGCCGGGUCUGACAGCCGCCCUGCCAAGAAGAGCCGUGCUCAUCGCAUGAAAGUGUCGGACCUCGCGGGGCUCGGCAUUACUGGACCCUUCAAGAAGGCUCGUCGGCGAGAGAGGACCACCUUUACUAGCCGGGACGACCAAGAGAUUUUGCAGGGCCUCGAGACAUAUGGCCCGACUUGGUCCAAGAUUCAGCGUGAUAAGCGCUUUCACCUUGGCAGCCGGAAGCCUACGGAUCUUCGGGACCGCGUGCGCAACAAGUACCCCUACAUCUAUCAACGCAUCGAAAAGGGCGUCUUCCAGCCCAAAGACGUCAGCACCAAUAAUAUCCUCGAGCCAAUGGUCAACAUGACCAUCAGCCACUCUUUCAAGGCUGCUUCCACUACACUGCGUCCCCUAGCCCCCAAGCCUGGAAAGUCUGCCAAGCGUGGAGAGACUCCAAAGGAGCAGCAAAAGUGGUCUUUCCUAGUGACUGACUCGACGGAGCAGUCUCAGUCUCAGUCUCAGUCUCAGUCUCAGCAGCCGGCAUCCGACCCUGAGAAUCCCUCGGAGCCGCCAGCGAUUGAUGCCGAUACCGCCUUAAUCUACCGGUCACUUUUGGCCUCUGACACUCUUAAAGCAUAA